AAACUAAAGUACUAAAAGAAAAAGAGGAUGGAAACUCAGAAAUUAAUAACAAAUAGAAAGAGUAAUAAAAAAUAUAAACUAUUUUAUGAUCAAAAAUGUCAAGAAAAGAAUUAAAAUUAAAAAAUAGAUCAAAUUGUAAAUAUUUUUAUGUUGGAGUAGAAUAUAGGUAAGUAAGAUGCUAACAGAGAAUAAUUAAUUAAAUAUUAGUAUUAAUAUGAAUAUGAAUAUCAAAAUGUUAAACAGAAGCAUGAAGAGUAAGGGAAAGAAGAAACAAAAUAUUUUAAGAAAUAAAAGCAGGAGAAAAUUUGAUAAAAUAAUUCAAAAUCAAUUAAAGGCUAAAUAUUAAAUCAAAUAAGAGUUAGAAGUGAAGAGAAAAAUGUUAGAAUUUAUAAAGAAGAAUACAAUUAAUAUAAAUAUAGAAAUGAUGAAAGGCAGUCUCAGUUUCUUAAGGAAAGAAUACAAGAAAUUUAGAAAUAGAUAAAGAGAUUGA